AACAUUACAUGUUGAUCGCUCUGUUUUAGGUACAUAGAAAUUCAAGCCAUAUGAAUAAAGAGGUGAGUGGGAGUCUGAUAUAACUAGCUAGUUAUCAACCUAACGUUAGCUAUCAGUCUGAAUAGGGUGGUUUUGGAUAUCAUCACAAGCUUAGGCCAGGAAAGUCAGUUAACUCUUUCGCUAUUGACAACUACAGAAAAACAUGUAGCUAAAUGGAGUGCCUGCUACAAUCUGUUAUCACUUAGUAAUGUUAGCUGAUUUCUCUCUUUCCCUAACAAAUAUUCCUCCCUCUGCAGAGCACCUCCCGCCUACCAGUCAUGUCUGGUAAAAGAGUCCUCUCCUCUAGUCAGGAAAGCAUAAACUCUGACCAACAACCUGUUCAGGUGUGUAGCUAUCUUCUGCAAAACUGUAAUACAGACACUGAUGACAAACUUGUUAAAUUACUUUAUGCACCACAAACAAGUUAGACGGUUGCCAGUGAAAAAAAAACAAAUGUCUCCUUUAGAAAAAGAUGAGAAGGGUUGAUUCCGACCCAAAGAUGAGACAGGCAGCUAAUGCGAUGGGAACAAAGAGGCCACCUCCACCCAAGCGAGCUGUUGGUGAGUGUCCUCUCAAACACUUAAUUGACUGGCUUGGCCAAUGUCAUCACUGCUUGUUUCUCAUAGUUUUAGCACAGUCUUUCUGUAAUACCGGUAUGUUUUUUAAAUUUUUUAAUAGGUGUCUUAUCCUUCCCUCCCUCUCUCUUAGCAGCCAAACUGAUUCAGCCUACAGGAGCAGCCACUGUAGCUGCUGCUCCGUCUAGAGGUGAGAUGCUGUGUAUUUUGAAAGAUAUAACAAUAUUAAUAGCUCGCCUUGUCAGUCUACUGUCUUGUUUGUAGGGCUGACCACAUUUAGUCGACUGGUGGAUUGUUUGGUCGAUAGGCUGUUGGUCGACCGAGAUUUCUUUAGUCGAGCAGUAGCAACAACAAAAAAUACAGUGGGGAGAACAAGUAUUUGAUACACUGCCGAUUUUGCAGGUUUUCCUACUUACAAAGCAUGUAGAGGUCUGUAAUUGUUAUCAUAGGGACACUUCAACUGUGAGAUGGAAUCUAAAACAAAAAUCCAGAAAAUCACAUUGUAUGAUUUAAGUAAUUAAUUUGCAUUUUAUUGCAUGACAUAAGUAUUUGAUACAUCAGAAAAGCAGAACUUAAUAUUUGGUACAGAAACAUUUUUUUGCAAUUACAGAGAUCAUACGUUUCCUGUAGUUCUUGACCAGGUUUGCACACACUGCAGCAGGGAUUUUGGCCCACUCCUCCAUACAGACCUUCUCCAGAUCCUUCAGGUUUUGGGGGUGUCGCUGGGCAAUACAGACUUUCAGCUCCCUCCAAAGAUUUUAUAUUUGGUUCAGGUCUGGAGACUGGCUAGGCCACUCCAGGACCUUGAGAUGCUUCUUACGGAGCCACUCCUUAGUUGCCCUGGCUGUGUGUUUUGGGUCGUUGUCAUGCUGGAAGACCCAGCCACGACCCAUCUUCAAUGCUCUUUUUUUAUUUAUUUUUAUUUCACCUUUAUUUAACCAGGAAAACCAGUUGAGAACAAUUCUCAUUUACAACUGCGACCUGGCCAAGAUAAAGCAAAGCAGUGCGAUAAAAACAACAACACAGAGUUACAUAUGGGGUAAAACAAAACAAAGUCAAAAAUACAACAGAAAUACAUAUAAUAUACAGUGUGCAAAUUUAGCAAGUUAUGGAGGUAAGGCAAUAAAAUAGGCUAUAGUGCAAAAUAAUUACAAUUUAGUAAUAACACUGGAAUGAUGUGCAAAUAGAGAUACUGGGGUACAAAUGAGCAAAAUAAAUAACAAUAUAGGGAUGAGGUAGUUGGGCGGGCUAAUUUCAGAUGGGCUGUGUACAGGUGCAGUGAUCGGUAAGGUGCUCUGACAACUGAUGCUUAAAGUUAGUGAGGGAGAUAAGUGUCUCCAGCUUCAGAGAUUUUUGAAAUUUGUUCCAGUCAUUGGCAGCAGAGAACUGGAAGGAAUUGCGGCCAAAGGAGGUGUUGGCUUUGGGGAUGACCAGUGAGAUAUACCCGCUGGAGCGCAGACUACGGGUGGGUGUUGCUAUGGUGACCAAUGAGCUAAGAUAAGGCGGGGAUUUGCCUAGCAGUGAUUUAUAGAUGGCCUGGAGCCAGUGGGUUUGGCGACGAAUAUGUAGUGAGGACCAGCCAACAAGAGCGUACAGGUCACAGUGGUGGGUAUUAUAUGGGGCUUUGGAGACAAAACGGAUGGCACUGUGAUAGACAACAUCCAAUUUGCUGAGUAGAGUGUUGGAGGCUAUUUUGUAAAUGACAUCGCCGAAGUCAAGGAUCGGUAGGAUAGUCAGUUUUACGAGGGCAUGUUUGGCAGCAUGAGUGAAGGAGGCUUUGUUGCGAAAUAGGAAACCGGUUCUAGAUUUAACUUUGGAUUGGAGAUUCUUAAUGUGAGUCUGGAAGGAGAGUUUACAGUCUAACCAGACACCUAGAUAUUUGUAGUUGUCCACAUACUCUAGGUCAGACCCGUCUAGAGUAAUGAUUCUAGUCGGGUGGGCGGGUGCAAGCAGCGUUCGGUUGAAGAGCAUGCAUUUAGUUUUACUAGUGUUUAAGAGCAGUUGGAGGCUACUGAAGGAGUGUUGUAUGGAAUUGAAGCUCGUUUGGAGGUUUGUUAACACAGUGUCCAAUGAAGGGCCAGAUGUAUACAAAAUGGUGUCGUCUGCGUAGAGGUGGAUCUGAGAGUCACCAGCAGCAAGAGCGACGUCAUUGAUAUACACAGAGAAAAGAGUCGGCCCAAGAAUUGAACCCUGUGGCACCCCCAUAGAGACUGCCAUAGGUCCAGACAACAGGCCCUCCGAUUUGACACAUUGAACUCUAUCUGAGAAGUAGUUGGUGAACCAGGCGAGGCAGUCAUUUGAGAAACCAAGGCUAUUUAGUCUGCCAAUAAGAAUGCGGUGGUUGACAGAGUCGAAAGCCUUGGCCAGGUCAAUGAAAACGGCUGCACAGUACUGUCUAUUAUCGAUCGCGGUUAUAAUAUCGUUUAGGACCUUGAGCGUGGCUGAAGUGCACCCAUGACCAGCUCGGAAACCGGAUUGCAUAGCGGAGAAGGUACGGUGGGAUUCGAAAUGGUCGGUGAUCUGUUUGUUGAUUUGGCUUUCAAAAACUUUUGAAAGGCAGGGCAGGAUGGAUAUGGGUCUGUAACAGUUUGGAUCUAGAGUGUCACCCCCUUUUGAAGAGGGGGAUGACCGCGGCAGCUUUCCAAUCUCUGGGGAUCUCAGACGUUACGAAAGAGAGGUUGAACAAGCCUCUUACUGAGGGAAGGAGGAUGUUGGCCAAGAUCUCGCUAUACAUGGCCCCAUCCAUCCUCCCCUCAAUACGGUGCAGUCGUCCUGUCCCCUUUGCAGAAAAGCAUCCCCAAAGAAUGAUGUUUCCACCUCCAUGCUUCACGGUUGGGAUGGUGUUCUUGGGGUUGUACUCAUCCUUCUUCUUCCUCCAAACACGGUGAGUGGAGUUUAGACCAAAAAGCUCUAUUUUUGUCUCAUCAGACCACAUGACCUUCUCCCAUUCCUCCUCUGGAUCAUCCAGAUGGUCAUUGGCAAACUUCAGACGGGCCUGGACAUGCGCUGGCUUGAGCAGGGGGACCUUGCGUGCGCUGCAGGAUUUUAAUCCAUGACGACGUAGUGUGUUACUAAUGGUUUUCUUUGAGACUGUGGUCCCAGCUCUCUUCAGGUCAUUGACCAGGUCCUGCCGUGUAGUUAUGGGCUGAUCCCUCACCUUCCUCAUGAUCAUUGAUGCCCCACGAGGUGAGACCUUGCAUGGAGCCCCAGACCGAGGGUGAUUGACCGUCAUCUUGAACUUCUUCCAUUUUCUAAUAAUUGCGCCAACAGUUGUUGCCUUCUCACCAAGCUGCUUCCCUAUUGUCCUGUAGCCCAUCCCAGCCUUGUGCAGGUCUACAAUGUUAUCCCUGAUGUCCUUACACAGCUCUCUGGUCUUGGCCAUUGUGGAGAGGUUGAAGUCUGUUUGAGUGUGUGGACAGGUGUCUUUUAUACAGGUAACGAGUUCAAACAGGUGCAGUUAAUACAGGUAAUGAGUGGAGAACAGGAGGGCUUCUUAAAGAAAAACGAACAGUUCUGUGAGAGCCGGAAUUCUUACUGGUUGGUAGGUGAUCAAAUACUUAUGUCAUGCAAUAAAAUGCAAAUUAAUUACUUAAAAAUCAUACAAUGUGAUUUUCUGGAUUUUUGUUUUAGAUUCCGUCUCUCACAGUUGAAGUGUACCUAUGAAAAAAAUUACAGACCUCUACAUGCUUUGUAAGUAGGAAAACCUGCAAAAUCGGCAGUGUAUGAAAUACUUGUUCUCCCCACUGUGUGUGUGUGUGUAUAUAAGACAUCUGUCUGAUUCACGCUGAGGGGACAGAUCCAUUGUGGAGGCCAUGGGGGUGGCACAGUCAAUCAGUCUAAGACAUGUGCUACUGAAAUUGUAUAUGGUUAUAUUACAUAAACAGUGGUACAACACUAAUAAAUAUUAUUUUAUAACAAAUGCGCCUUCUCCCGCGUUGGAUAGUGGUCGCUGUCCACGGUUCUGAAACACAUCAGUGCACUUUUGAAUUGGCGGCUUUUCCUAGACCAUGUUGCUAUGUGCAUAAUAGCAAAGUUAACCAGCAUAUUGUUGUUGAGAACAAUGCUGGAGGCAGCAGCAGAAGGAGGAGAUGAGAAAACAGCCCUUGCCUUAUUGUCUAACAAAAGUGAACAGAGAGGAAACGUGAACUUCAUUAGGUCUAUAAUCAAUAGCCUAACUUAAAUGUUCCUGGCUUUAUAAAUCAUCAAUAUAUCUACAGAAAUAAGACAGAUCCUGCUUCUGUUGCCUAUUUGAGUGUUUGUUUAAUAGCCUACUGAUUCCGUGAGCACCAAGGCUCACACAACAACAUGUCAAGCAAACGAUUUCACAAAUUCGGCUGUUUUUAAUCUUUGCUUUGCUGUAAUAAAGGCUUUACACUUUUUUUCUUUUCUGUUAGAACAGCCUCUCUGGUAUUAUUUAUAAUUUAUUUAGUAUUUACACUGUUCCAAAUUGUCCGAAAAAUAAUAUUUAUAAUAAUAAUAAUGCUCGUUUUUCUUGAUCUCCUUAUUGUUAUUAUAAUAAUAAGUAAUGUCAUUAUCAUUAGUAGGCUUAGUAUAGCACCCGAGCUGUAGGCCUAAGAGCAUAUCCUGUUUAGUCUUAAUACCGUAACUUACUUAGUCUUAAUACCAUAACUUACUUAGGCCUACAUUUCAAUACUUCUAUAGGCUACUGUAUCGUUCAUUUGUUCAUGUCAGCAUACAAGUCAUUCAUGACUUUGAAUUGCAAUCAAGCAUUUUUAGUUUAAAAAUAAAGCCAGCCUUGAAUAAUUAGUUCCAUUUCAGAAAUUGCAUUAAUGAAUGAAUUUGGCUGUUUUCAGUCUUUACUGUAAUAAAGUCUCCUGUUGCUCAGUUGGUAGAGCAUGGCGCUUGCAACGCCAGGGUUGUGGGUUCGUUUCCCACGGGGGGCCAGUAUGAAAAUGUAUGCACUCACUAACUGUAAGUCGCUCUGGAUAAGAGCGUCUGCUAAAUGACUAAAAUGUAAAAAUAAAGGCUUAGCAAAAAAAAUAACGUUACAACAGACUCUCUGGUACGCUUAUACUUUAUUUAGUGUUGUUUGCAUUGUUCCAAACGGUCAGAAAUGAUAUUGUAAUCUAUACAGCACCUGUUUGGCACACAUAUGCACGCAGCGCUAGCUCCUUACCGUUUUUUUCUUGUUCUCCCGUAUUUUCAAUAAGUCACAUUUAUUCCACACAUCUGACUUUACCUCCUGAGCAACGUGUAAAUAUUCCCCUGUUUUUUAGUUUAUUUGUCACGUCCUCUGCAUCAAUUUUGCUGUCACGUGUUCAGAAUUUGUUUAUCAUCCGUUUAUUGAUGUGAUUAUGAUAUGCUAUAGGCACGGCCUGCCCGCUCAUCAGGCAGGAUUAGGCGGCAGCCUAUGGCGGCAGAUUGACGAGGGCGGCAUUUUCUGAGUUAAACUGAUCAAGACACACAUCCAACAACAACACAUAAAACCUCACAUAAUUAUGCGCAAAAACAAUGACCAUUUCUCUCAACCAGUGGCAUAUGGGCUUUUUAGGUGAGCGCUGAUGCUGGCCUUUGAUAAGCAGUGGCCACUUUGUCAAAGGCAGGGGCACAAAAUAUUUUUUGUCCAUUCCCAGCGCGCCUCUCCAGGGUGCUGUUGGAGAGAUGCAAAUCAAAUGUUAUUUGCCACAUGCGCCGAAUACAACAGGUGUAGACAUUACAGUGAAAUGCUUACUUACAAGCCCUUAACCAACAAUGCAGUAAAAAAUAAAAAAAGAUGUUAAGUAAAAAAUAAAAGCAAAUGACUAAAGACCAGCAGUAAAAUCUAAUAACAGUAGGGAGGCUAUAUACAGGGGGUACCGGCUAGUCGAGGUAAUUGAGGGAAUAUGUACAUGUGGGUAGAGUUAAAGUGACUAUGCAUAGAUAAUAAACAGAGUAGCAGCAGCGUAAAAGAGGGGGGUGGGGUGGGGGGGGCAGUGCAAAUAGUCUGGUUAGCCAUGAUUAGCUGUUCAGAAGUCAUAUGGCUUGGGGGUAGAAGCUGUUAAGAAACCUUUUGGACCUAGACUUGGCGCUCCGGUACCACUUGCAGCGCUCCACCAACGUGCAGUCAAAAAAUAAUAAUCUAACAUAAAUCAUGUAGCAGAUAUAGGAUAUGGUAGUAAGAAUAUGUGGCCUUUUCUGAAGCCUACAGGCUGGAGAUAAAAUGUAUGACAAUGUAAUGAGACGGACACUUUUUACAUCAUGCAGGUUUCUCCGAUCAAAUAGCCUAACCUAAAUGGCGCUCAAUUAACAAAAAAAUUAGCUGUCAUGUUAACAAAGCAACAUAUCUUAAAAACAGGACAGGUCAAAGUAAAAUGGCCAUUAUGGAAUGGACAAUCACAACUGUUGUCCAGGAGUUUCAUCCCAUUGUAAUGAUCAGUGGUUUGACGUUUGUAUCCGUACAUUUUUUGACAAACUUAUCAUAGCAAAAUAGAAAAUAUUUCUGCAUUUCCCGCAUUGCAAAAAGGCUUGCGAUAACUCCUGAUGGAGUUGGGUAGCUGAUAUUCAGAGCUUAAAUAGCCAAAUUGAUUAGUCACAGGAAUCAGGACUAAUAAAGCCAAUGCAAAGGCCUACCACAUGGAUGGGCAUUCAUAAAAUUCCAUUGCGGGCUGACAUUGUAGGCUACACACACUAGUAAGCACGAGCAGACGUCUUUUUUUGGUCCUGUCUGGACGUUGCUUUUUGGUGAUUUACAAAUGCUAGGCUAACCACAGAUGGGUAUUCAUAAAAUUACAUUUCAGGCAACACUGUAGGCUACACCUCAGUAAGCACGGACUGACUCCUUAUGGACUUGUUCUUUUUGUGCAGUUCCGGACUGGCCUUGAUUUUCCACAGACAUUGGUUUUUGGUCCGGACCAAAUCUGAACCAAUCAUAGAUGUCUAUCUUUGGUUCAGAUUUGGUGCGGUCCAGACCGGCCUUGAUUUUAAACUUUUUUUUUUUAUACCCUGAAUAGGUUUUCAGAAGCCCAAUGCAUCCGUCGCUAAAGCAGGUAACUACCCUAGUCCCUGUUUUUUCACAUGGUCCUUCCUUAAUAAAAUGUUCUCUAUCUUGUAUCUACUAACAUUCUCUUCCAUAUCUUAAGACAUGAGGGUGUUGAAUGUGUUUCCCUAGCACCAACAGCAGCUGUUGGGGGUUCACGGCGGCCUGCAUGGGACCUCAAGGGGAAAGUUACUGACAUGGAGGGCAAGAUUUCCAACUACCAGAGCAAAGUCAAAACAGUGGCCCAGGAGAACGAGAGUCUGAAGGAGUCUGUAGCUAAAGGCAGACAGAAGGAAGCACAGAUGACUUCAGAGAUACAAGAACUCCACACACAGCUCAGGUACGGAGUACCAUUGAACAUGCAUAGGGUCGACCAUUAUGUGAAAAUGAGUGUAGUGGCAUGGGAAAGGGCAUUGUAACCACAUAGGAAAGAGUGACUUAUUUUGCGUAAGGAACGUCGGGUAAGUGUUGAUUUAGCAAAACAAGUGGACAUAUAGCUGAAAUGUUUUCUUCCCUUUCUUGAGUGUUAUACCAGUCAUAACUGUAUGCAUACAUUUAGCCAGUAGUGCAGUAAUAAUAACAUGAUAGUAUCACUACAUGUGACUCUUUUGGUCCUUUUGGUGUGUUUGCCAAUCUUACCCAGUUUUUCUCUGUGUUGCAGCCACUAUGAGCAGGAGCUGGCUACCCUGUCUGGUGUCAAAGAGCAGCUGACCAUUGUAUCCAGUGAGAAGGCCUCCUUGGAGAAGACCCUAUGCAACCUCACUGUGGAGCACAAAGUUCUUCUGGGCUUGAGAAAGAGUCUGGAGGCCGAGCUUCACAAUGUGCAGGUAGAGCAUCUUCUGUGGAUUCUAUGGCAGACUACAACACCAAAAGGUGUAAUGCCGCCACCAACUGGACGGGGUAACAAAAAUAGUAGAAAAGGUCAAAAUAAAACCCAUACGUGAUAGGAAAAACAAACUUAAUCCAGCUAAAAUAAAACAAUAAAAAAAAAAAACAUUGACAGAACAUGUUCUCCCACACAAGAAGUGAAAUAGCACGCAGGCCUACUCAUUGUGACAACUGAUCAUCUUGACUGCUGUGACAUGAGAUUAAUGGUGUAUAGCUGUAUUGAGUGAGGUCUGUUUUUAUAACGUGCCUCUGCUCCUUGGUCAGUAAUAUCGGAGGAAGUCAGGCAUAGCCAUUUGGUCCAGCCUCAUUAAAACCCAUUGCCAUUAUGUUUCUUCGACAGAACCCCUGUUGCAGCCCAAUAUUUAUUUAAUGUGCAUCUGGUGGAUCAGUGUCUGACUUCUCUCUUUCUACCAGACCCAGCUCUCUGUGCAGGGCUCCACUUUCUCCCGUUGCCAGACCACACUGAGGGAGACCCAGGACACGGUCCGCAACUUGGAGGAGACUGUGGCCCGCCAGACAGACGUAAUUCACUGUGGAGAGAUGGAGCGCCGGGGGCUCCACAACGCAAUCCAAGAACUAAAGGCAAGUCAAGUGGGUCAUUCAGUAGGGCGAAUGCUCAAUGCCCUGAAGAUAGGAUUGCAUACAAUUAAAUUCUCCUGAGCCUAUUGAAUUCGUUUUUUCUUUCUUAUAUUUCUGCUUCAAACAUACUGUAUGUUCUCGUUAGAUAGGCCCCUGUCCAUUGCAGCUCAAAACAGGAACAAAAAGUUGCAAUGCUCUUCUCAAACUAACAAGACUCUGACCGCUCUCUUAUUUCUAUAGGGAAACAUCAGGGUGUUCUGCAGAGUGCGCCCCCUGCAGACCGGCGGGCAGAUUGACCAUAUUCAGCUCCCGGCCCACGAUAACAAGGCUCUCACACUGGCCAAGACUGAAGAGGUAACAAUGACACACCUAAAUAUAUUUUUUGGUAAUUGUAUGUUUUUCAGUGUGGUCCUCUAAUCUUGCUUUACAAGUGUCAGAAAUGGCAGGAAGAAAAUCCUAUCACUCCCCCAUUCCCAUGUAGUCUCACAUAGGGCGCUCCGGAGACAUCCAAAAGAGCUACAACUUCAGCUUUGACCGGGUGUUUGGGCCCUCCACCCCGCAACAGGAUGUGUUUGAGGAGAUUUCCCUCCUGGUGCAGUCAGCCCUGGAUGGCUACAACGUCUGCUGCUUCGCCUACGGCCAGACGGGCAGUGGUAAAACCUACACCAUGGAGGGGGGUGAGAUGGAGGACAUGCGUGGGGUCAUCCCCCGGGCCGUGCAGCAGAUCUUUCAGGCCUCCACGACACUGCGGGAGCAGGGGAUGGCAGGUAAUAAUGAUACCAUUGGUUUUCAUCCGACUGCGUGGUAGCUGUCCCUUCAGCUGAACAGUUCUAUUACAGUGAACGGAAUUUGAACUUGUUUAUUUGACGUUUACUGUAUCAAUGUGUUUCUGUUUUUUAGAUCAGAUUAUGUAUUUCCCGUUUAAGUCGAAUGAGUUGAAGCUGGUGUUAAAUGCAUGGUACUUGCAACAUGUAACCCUUUUGACUGGAUUCUGGUUUCUUUUUUCCAGUUUACAUUUACUGCCAGUUUUGUUGAGAUCUACAACGAAACUCUGCGUGAUCUCCUCUACACUGGCAAGGCCAACAAGAGACCGGAGCACGAGAUUCGCAAAAGUGCCAACAAUGAGGUCACCGUCACCAAUCUGACCUACCAGAAGGUCAACUCUGAAGAUGAGGUGGGCAUUUCAACACUCAUAUUAGCCUAAAUUUCACUGUUAGAUUUAUUUUAUUUGUACAUUUUAGAUGUAAAGGUAGACUAUAUAUAUAUUUCGAAUCGUUCAGUAAAAAUAACCAAUAGCGAAUGAUGACCUGAACUCGAAAGAGUCAUGAUUCUACGAGCUUCUCGUUCAUAUGUCGUUCACCAUAUGGAGCUUAUUGGAGCUGUCAUUUGUGACUGACUUGUAAAUGUGUGCAUUAAACAAUGUACAUUUGUUGAUUGCUAGGCAUACAAAUAUGAUUAUUUCUUGAUACAUUUGAAACGCGGUCUUGUUUUGGCCGCAACCGGACUAGAUUGUGAACCACUCUUGGCAGAAUGCAUUGCUUGUGAAAAGUAGCCUCACGACUCACACUAAAUUAUUCUGCUGCUCUGUCAUUCGCUAUAUGCAUCUCACAAUGCCGAGAAGAAAGUAACGUCUGUGGGCGUGGCGUAGCAUUUGACUGGUGUAAGGAGUCUGGGUGGGCACAGCCAGGCAAGGAGAUGGGCACAGUCAUUCGCAAUCUGCAGCCCCUCAAAGGGUUCGAGUUUAACAGAGCUGUGUCCAUAACAUUCAAUAAUCAAUUAAUUGCAGUCAUCCUUGCACCAUGCGAUCAAUUAUCAGUUCUAAACAUGUAUUUCUCUUCUCUAUGCUCAUCUAUUUUCAUGCGCGCAUAUGACAGACUGUUAGUUGGUGGUCGGAGUGAGUCUUGAGCCUCUGAGCCGGAGGAGGGGGUAUUAAUCCUGCUGUAGGAGUCACUGCGGCCAGCACUAGCAGGUCAAACUAAAGACUAAAAUUGACGAGUCAGUCAGAAAAAAAAAUCAUGACUCUCAAGCCAGUAAAAAGUAGUUAAAACUGCACAUCACUACUGUGUACAAAUGCAUACCAGUAUUGCUGCAGGGGUGCUGUACUAUAUGCCAUUGCUAACCCUGUAAAAAUAACAUUUCACUGCACCUAUCUGGUGUAUGGGACAAGAACAUAUACAGUGCCUUCGGAAAGUAUUCAGACCCCUUGACUUUUCCCACAUUUUAUUAAGUUACAGCCUUAUUCUAAAAUUGAUUAAAUCGUUUUUUUCCUCAUCAAUCUACACACAAUACCCCAUAAUGACAAAGCAAAAACAGGUUUUUAGACAUUUUUGUAUUCAGACCCUUUACUCAGUACUUUGUUGAAGCACCUUUUGGCAGCGAUUACAGCAAUGAGUCUUCUUGGGUAUGACGCUACAAGCUUGGCUCAUCUGUAUUUGGGGAGUUUCUCCCAUUCUUCUCUGCAGAUCCUCUCUAGCUCUAUCAGGUUGGAUGGGGAGCGUUGCUGCACAGCUGACCGUCUGGUUCUUGGUCACCUCCCUGACCAAGGCCCUUCUCCACCGAUUGCUCAGUUUGGCCGGGCAGCCAGCUCUAGUAAGAGUCUUGGUGGUUCCAAACUUCUUCCAUUUAAGAAUGAUGGAGGCCACUGUUCUUGUGGACCUUCAACGCAGCAGACAUUUUUUGGUACCCUUCCCCAGAUUUGUGCCUCCACACAAUCCUGUCUGUGGGACCUUAUAUAGACAGGUGUGUGCCUUUCCAAAUCAUGUCCAAUCAAUUGAAUUUACCACAGGUGGACUCCAAUCAAGUUGUAGAAACAUCUCAAGGAUGAUCAAUGGAAACAGGAUGCAGCUAAGCUCAAUUUCAAGUCUCAUAGCAAAAGGUCUGAAUACUUAUGUAAAUAAGGUAUUUCUGUUUUUCAUUUUUUAUAAAUGUGCAAACAUUUCUAAAAACCUGUUUUCGCUUUGUCAUUAUGGGGUAUUGUGUGGAGAUUGAGGAAAAUGUUUUAUUUAAUCCAUUAUAGGAUAAGGCUGUAACGUAACAAAAAUGUGGAAAAAGUCAAGGGGUCUGAAUACUUUCCGAAGGCACUGUAUUCAAAAAAUAUAUAAUUACCUCAAUAGUGGUUAUGAUUCAAAGUGUCCUAUUUGUUUUGCCCAUUUAGGAUUUGAAGUGUCCUACAUGUCGAACAUGGGAGGUAGAGCAGUUCUCUGAUAAACCUGUAGUGGAGGUUCAAAUCUUUGCAAUAAAGUAUCCCCUAUUCAAUAGGCUAAUCUAAUGUGUCCAUUUUGACCAAUUGUCCAUCCAGGUCUACAACCUGAUCGCACUGGCCAACCAGAACCGAUCCACAGCCCGGACCAACAUUAACGACCACUCCUCCCGCUCGCACUCGGUGUUCCAGCUCGACAUUGAGGGCGAGAACUCUGGGAGAGACGUCAAGUGCAAAUGUAAACGUGUUCACUGGUUGUCUGCGUUUUGUACAUCUGCAACUACACAAAGGCUGAGAUCUUAAAUGAGAACUAAUAAUAAUCCUGUUGUCUGAUUGCAUUCUGGUAUGAGAAUCCUGACUGUGUUUCUGUGUCUGUCUGCAGCCUCUCUGUGUUUGGUGGACCUGGCUGGCAGCGAGCGGGUGCAGAAGAGCCAAUCCCAAGGGGACCGCUUCAAGGAGAUGACAGCCAUCAACUGCUCCUUGACCAACCUUGGGAUUGUUAUCGCCGCCCUGGCCAAUAAGGUAUAUGUUUACAGCCCAAUGCCUCCUAGGCUGGUGGCUUGCUUAUGGAGUCACGAGUGCUUUGUAAGUUAUAGCUUGAUUGCGUUUGCUUACCCUCCCACUCUUUGUCUGUGUUCCAGGAGAGCUUUAUCCCAUACAGAAACUCAAAGCUGACGUACCUCCUCCAAAGCUGCCUCGGAGGAAACAGCAAGACGUAAGUUGAAGUUGAUUAUGAGCUGAGUUAGAAUGGGACUUGUGAGCAGAUUCGUCUUUUAUGUUUUUUUGUGGACGGUUAUUUUUAAGUUUGUGGUUGUGAUAAUUAGCAAGGCAAAGUACUUCGCCAUAUGUAAUAUUGUCUUUCUCUUCUCCUUCUAGCUUGAUGUUUGUCAACAUUGCCCCAGAGGCUGACAGCUUCGCGGAGACCCUGAACUCUCUACGGUUUGCCUGCAAGGUCAGUGUUCUAACACUUUUUUUAUUUUAUUUUUAUUUUUUUUAUACAACUCUGGAAGAUAAUGCUGUGCAUAUUUUGUUUAUCUGAAUAACAAUGGCAUAUUUUAACUGUUUUAUUUAUUCUGUUGCAGGUAAAUGAUUGUGUAAUUGGCACAGCGUCAGCUAACCGGAAGUAAAUGGGGGGGGAAUGUAAAUUGAGUGUGGUGUCUGUACAUUGGGAUUUUUAAACUCAUUCCCUGGUAUUGGUGGCUUCAUUUGAUAUUAUAAAUUUUUAACAAUUGGAUCCGAUGUACAAAGAUCAAUAAAAGCUAAUUUUCUAAGGCUUGUACUUAAUCCUAUAGAUUACCUAAUUUUUUUUACAUUUUUUGUCAUUUAGCAGACGCUCU